UUAAUUGACCUGUUCUCUUUCAGAUCAGUUGUUUCGUUUGGAUCCAAGAACAGAGCUAUUGGUGUCUCAGCUAAAAACCAGCAAAUUACUCAUGCCAACAACACCGUAUCUAACUUCAAGAGAUUUCAUGGCCGUGCAUUUAAUGAUCCUUUUGUUCAGAAGGAGAAAGAAAAGUUGAGCUAUGAAUUGGUUCCUAUGAAGAAUGGUGGCGUUGGAGUAAAGGUGAUGUACAUGGAUGAAGAACACAUCUUCAGUGUGGAACAAAUUUCAGCUAUGUUGUUGACUAAAUUAAAGGAGACUGCAGAGAGUAACCUGAAAAAGCCAGUAACAGACUGUGUUAUUUCUGUUCCAUCCUUUUUCACAGAUGCUGAAAGGAGAUCUGUUCUGGAUGCAGCUCAGAUUGUUGGAUUAAACUGUCUUAGAUUAAUGAAUGACAUGACAGCAGUGGCUCUGAACUAUGGAAUUUAUAAACAAGACCUUCCAGCUCCUGAAGAGAAGCCACGGAUAGUCGUGUUUGUUGAUAUGGGACAUUCUGCGUUUCAAAUAUCAGCCUGUGCAUUUAACAAGAGUAAACUAAAGGUGCUUGGGACAGCAUUUGACCCUUUCUUAGGUGGAAGAAACUUUGAUGGAAAGUUAGUAGAUUACUUCUGUGCAGAAAUAAAAUCAAAGUACAAACUGGAUCCAAAAGCAAAAGUUCGAGCUCUUCUUCGUCUGUAUCAGGAGUGUGAGAAGCUGAAGAAACUAAUGAGUUCAAAUAGCACAGACAUUCCCCUAAAUAUUGAGUGUUUCAUGAACGAUACUGAUGUAUCUGGAAAAAUGAACAGGUCUCAGUUUGAAGAACUAUGUGCUGACUUGCUGCAAAGGAUAGAGGUGCCUCUACUUUCACUGAUGGAGCAAACACAAUUGAAAGUGGAAGAUGUGACUGCUGUAGAGAUUGUGGCAACGCUGAAUGCAGAUGAAGCCAUAGCUAGAGGCUGUGCUCUGCAGUGUGCAAUUCUUUCCCCAGCUUUUAAAGUGAGAGAGUUCUCUGUGACAGAUGCAACACCGUUCCCAAUAUCUCUGUUGUGGAAUACAGAAGCUGAAGACACUGAAGGGGUCCAUGAGGUGUUCAGCAGAAAUCAUGCAGCACCUUUCUCCAAAGUUCUCACCUUCUAUAGGAAAGGUCCAUUUGAGUUGGAAGCUUUUUAUUCUGAUCCUAAUGGAGUCCCAUAUCCUGAGACAAAAAUUGGUAGGUAUGUUAUACAGAAUGUGGCAGCCCAGAAGGAUGGAGAGAAGUCUAAAGUCAAAGUGAAAGUCCGUGUCAAUACUCAUGGCAUUUUCAGUGUGUCCACUGCAUCCAUGGUAGAACCAGUUAAGACUGAGGAGAGUGAAGAUGUCACUGUUGAGACCGAAGUAGAAUCUCUGGACCAGAGGCCUCCUGAAAAUUCAGAUGAUAAAAAUAUCCAGCAAGAGAACAGUGAGGCUGGAACACAGUCCCAGGUACAAACUGAUGGUCAGCAAACGCCACAGUCUCCCCCUUCAUCAGAACCUCCCUCUGAAGAAAACAAAAUCCCAGAUGUCAAGAAAACAAAUGAGAAGAAAGCUGAUCAGCCUCCAGAAGCUAAGAAACCCAAGAUAAAAGUGAAAAAUGUGGAACUGCCUAUUGAAGCUAACUUGGUUUGGCAGUUAGGAAAAGAUCUCCUCAAUAUGUAUAUUGAAACAGAGGGUAAGAUGAUUAUGCAAGACAAACUGGAGAAAGAAAGAAAUGAUGCAAAGAAUGCAGUGGAGGAAUAUGUAUAUGAGUUUAGAGACAAGUUGUCUGGACCAUACGAAAAGUUUGUUUGUGAAAAGGAUCUGCGAGGAUUCUCUGCACUCCUAACAGAGACAGAAGGCUGGCUAUAUGAAGAGGGUGAGGAUGAAGCUAAGCAGGUGUAUGUAGACAAAUUGGAGGAUUUAAAGAAAUUAGGUACUCCGAUUGAAAUGCGCUACCAAGAAGCAGAAGAACGACCGAGGCUGUUAGAAGAACUGGGACGCAGGCUCCAAUACUAUGCUACAAUAGCUGGGGAAUUCAGGAAUAAAGAUGAGAAAUACAUACAUAUUGAUGAAAUGGAAAUGAUGAAAGUAGAGAAAUGUGUUGGUGACGUGGUGGAGUGGAUGAAUAAUGCUGUAAGUGCACAGGCUAAAAAGAGCUUAGAUCAGGAUCCAGCUGUGCGUUCAACUGAAAUUAAGGCAAAGCUACAGGAGUUGAACAAUAUCUGUGAGCCUAUUGUAACACAACCGAAACCAAAAGUUGACUCUCCUAAGGAAGAAAAUCCAUUAAAUGAACAGAGUGAUUAUAAAAGUGAAGACAUGGGAGAAGAUGACAAAAAUUCCGAAAUGCCUCAACAAAAUGGCGAAUGUCAUCCAAGUGAUCAAAACGCCAUGAGCAUGGACUUGGACUAAACCACUGCACUUGCAGCAACUUAUUUCAUCCUGUGACAGAAGAUAUUUUUGCUGUCGUAUGUGAUGGGGGCAGGGUAGGGGGGAUGCAUUGUUUCGGGAGCUAUUUAUAUUUUUCUUAAAACUUGUCUGGAAUAUGUUGUAUUAUGGGAGGAAGAGUAGUAAUAAUGAUGGUCAUGACUAUCCUAAAAGGAAAAUUGCCUUGGUAACUUUCAGAUUCCUGUGGAAUUGUGAGUUCAUACUAAGCUUCUGUGCAGUAUUUAACCAUUUGCAUCACUAACGAUGAAAAGAAGCCCUUGCUCAGAAAUAUACUGCUACUUCAAGAGGUUGUAACCGAAACCUUCGUAGGCAUUUGUAGAUGCCAAGGUAGUUUUCUUUCAUCUGGACAUCUAAUUGGGUAUGUCAAUAAAAAGCCAGUGUCUAUCCCAUUUUAUAAGGACUUUCCAGAAUAAAAUCCUUCUGUUCUAAGGCUUUUGACUAUUGCAGUCCAAAGCACUUAUCAGAUAAUAAGAUGGUGAAAUGUGUUAGUAGCAUGCGGAAACACUUAUGUUUCGUCUCUUGCUAAACAAUACAUUUUUCAUGUGGGGUACAUAAAAUGAAGGAAAUGCUAAUUCUGUUAGUGUUAUUGUGAAGCCUUUUAAUGAGCUUUAAAAUAAAGUUCAUUUUACUGCUA